AUGUUGGCGGCGGCGAUCGCAGGGGCGCGGGAGCCGCACAGACAGGGGGAGAUGCUCAUGUACAUCAUACGAGAGAGCUCAACACACUCCUCUCCCCUUUCCUCCACUGCUCCUCUCCUCCUCCCCGCCGUUCUCGAGCAUUGCAUCCGAUCCUCCUCUUCAAACACCUUGGUUCGACGACUAGCCUACUCGUUCAUUCUUGGCUGUGGCGUCUACGUGGGAGAAGAGUGGGACAUGGUCUUUGAUAUGAUCACCAGAGAUGCACAGAACGACGACGUUGAGCUCUGUCUCUGUGCUCUGGAGUGUAUCACAGUCAUACCUGCCGAGGUAACCCUAAAGAGACUGGCUGAAGUUGUCCCAUUGCUAAGGGACACGGUUCAAAGCAGCAUACAGGACGUGAGGAAGGUGUCGAUCGACGUGAUUGUGCAUGUGAUGAUGUUGGAUUGGAGCCCCCAGGCUCUAGAGACGAUGAUCGAGCUGGGAAAGAUGAUGUCGAGCUCGCUUCAGGAUGACUCGGACCUGGUGUUCUGCGCGACCGCAGAGAGUCUGGAGAGGGUCUGUGCUGAGGCGAUCACCAGGCAAGGGCUGACGGUAGGGAAGGUGAUCCCAGACUCGUUCGAGUACGUCUUCCAUGGACAGACUCCAGCGACCCUCACUGUGAGCCCAUGGGGGGUCCCAGAGUCGAGCAGGAGGGCGCCAAGGGUGGGUGGUCCAGAUCUCCUGGCUUCGCAGAUACUGUCAGUCCUGCAGCGUGAGAUCCUUGAGAUCUCAGAGAGGUUCCACAGCCUCCCGCAAGCAUACAGGCAUCGCUGCGUCAGGUUUUUGGUCACUGUGAUCAGCUCAACGGUGCUGUGCGACCUUGGCGAGACGAAGCACAAUGAGGAGUACCAUCACAAGUCCAGCGAGCGGAUCGAGUUCUUCCUGGACCACUUCUUCCUCCCUUCCGCCUGCUCGCUCGACUCUGCCCUUGCCUUGGAGAGCUGCCGGGCGAUCUUGGAGCUCUCGCGGUUCAACGGCGCCACCAAGUUCGAGUGGAUCAAGUCGGUGGUGGAGGGAUGCUUGAUGAUUCUUCAGCGAAGGGAAUCAUCGCUGGGGAGCGAGAGGGCGAUGAAGUUGUUGCUGGUUGCAGUGAGGCUGCUCCCGUCCGAUGCUAUCGUGAGGGUUUGCCCCAACGUCCUGCGCGAGAUCAAUGAAGUGAAAUCCAGGUCGUCGAGGGUGGAGUAUCUCCUGAUCCUUCUGUGGACUAUGGCAUGGAUUGGGCCAACGGGGGAGAAGGGGAGAAGAUCUCAUUCCAGUUCGCCCGUGUUGCAUAGCGCUGCAGUGAUGGAUCUUCUUCAACAUGACCCCGAUCAACCCAACGUCCUCAAGGAAGAUUUCGUUGCGUGUUAUGCGCAAGCGUGCCUUUUGCCCUGCCCGCAGGGAAUGAAGGAUUCACAGUUCAUCGAGGCCCGAGCCAUCGAAUUUCUCGAGAUGUUUCACAUCUGCUUGCGGUGGAGCGGCUCUGGAUCCGCCGAAGCAGCGAAAUUGUAUAUGCAGCUGCUGUCUCGGUGCUGCGCCAGGGCGAUUUCUUCCCAUCAACGAAACUACAGGGCCGAUCAGGCAGCGUCAGGACAGGACAUGGACAGCGUACCGAGUACAAUGCGGCUGAAGCAGAUCCUGAAGAGCGUUAUGUCUGCGUUUCCUAUCAUCUCGUUCCAUACUAUCAGAUCGAGGGUCUUGUGUGUGCUCAGCGAAUUCUUGUAUCCCCUGUGCAACGUUGAGACAGCGCUGAAAGGCAACGAGACUGAGAAAGAGAAGGCGGACUUGCACAAAGAGGUGUUGGAGUCGGGAAGGGACUUGAUCAGGAUGAUCCGCCUGCAGUUCUUGGGAACGUCUGCCCAGAGGGGCAGGCAGGAGCUGCUCAUUAACGAGGGCAAGUCAGGAAACCUCCGUCCUCGCUCUUUUGAGGCGAAGACGCUUGCCGAAUCGAAAGGAGAAGUUCUAGGGUGGGAAGACACAGAGCUCCUGUCCCUCUGCCUGCUCCGAUGCGCCUUCCAUUGGCCCCAGGAAGCGGCGGCAGUGGACCAGAGCUUUGCGGAGAUGCUGUCCGCCAACAGAGAUCACCUGAAGGUCAGGGACCCGUCGAUGAUCCAGAGGAUUCAUUUUGCAAGGUCGCACCUCCGCCUGAUGCAGGGCGGCAAGGGUGAGGGUGACGAGGGGAGGGAGGAUGGGAUGUACUCGAUGCCGUACGGGGUUUGGCCGCUGACUGCCAGCCCUCCGCCCUCAGAGGACGGCCAUGUGACAACCGUCUACAAGAACAGGGUGCACAGGCAGAAGAACCGAGCGAUCAUGAUUGCUCCUGACGCUUCCUCCGGCUCCUUCCUCAAGUCCAUCGGGGUCCGGCCGAGCGAGGUGGUCAGAGGGCCGGCCCAAGGGGAGGCGGACCUGUCGGAGACCAUACAGGACAAGAUCUGGAACAUCUGGGGACAGAACAUGUCAGCGGCGUCGCCGCCUGAUAGCUCGCAGAGGAAGCACUCCAACAUGCUGCCAAACAUGCUGGGCAAGGAGCACGGAGGGUGCGGCUCGACGACCGUGUCAGCCCCCAGCGACAUAGUGCACGUGCAGGUAUCGCACACCACAGACGAGGACUCGAGGCAGGUCUGGUUCUCCGUCUCGGUCUGCAACCGCUCCUCGCUGGAACUGGCGACCCUCAAGCUCGACCUGCUCCAUGGCAACGGGCUGACUGAGAUGCAGCCGCACGCAGCCAACGUGAGGGUCUUCAAGAAGGUGAGGGAAAGGGAAUGCUGCUCCUGGAACGUCGGGUACCACGUCAUCUCGCUGCAAGACGCUUCCGUCACUGUCCACUGCAGCAUCCCGACCAGUCAAGACCCUCGGGGUGCUCAAGAGGUGAUCGAGUGUGAGCCCUACCGGGUUCCGUUCACGAAGCUCCUCUGCCCCUUCCCCAAGCAGGCGGUCAGCGGCCACUAUGAUGUGCAGACCAGCCUGGCCAUCUGGUCGAGUUUGGAGUUCUCGUUUGUGGUCAGCGCGUUCGCGCCUGGACGAGAAGGCGCGAGGCUUGUCAACGAUCAGCUGGACUCCUCUCCUUUCUCGCGUGUUCUUUGCAACUCGUUCUUGUCAGCUGGGGAUGAGCUGAAGGACGACUUGUACGGAGGAGGAGCUUCGCUUUACAGCUCCUUCCAGACCUCUGCCUUGUCUCAGUCCUGGUUCGGGGACCUCAUUGCCGUCGCGGCUACCGGGCACUUCUGCGAGCAUCUCGGGUCCUGGCGGCUGUUCCUGGAGUUCCGAACCUCCUCGGCCAUAGCGCUGUCGAUCCUAACGAGCAACGUGCAGGUCCUCGUCGAGACGACGUGUGGGAAGCAUGUUGUGGAGGUUCAGUCGCGCGAGGAAGUACGAUCCAACAUGGACCUCGACUACAACCGCUCCUACCUGGUCAAGAACCGCAAUGUGCUGCGGCAAGCAGGAGGCACGUCGGCGCUGAACCAGAGCUUCUCGUCGGUCGAGUCCGCAACGGAGCGAUGGAGGCGAGCGAGGGCUUCCUCUGCUCACGACAAGAUUCUGUUCAAGAGGGCGAGCGCUCAAGCUGUUUGA